AUCGGGAGCGGCGCUCCCAGUCCAGAGCCGAUUCUUGGUAGCCCGCGGCCCCUGCCCGGCGCUGGCCAUGGCGCGUGUGGCGGCAGCUGGGGCCCUACUGGUGCCACUGGUGCUGCUGGCAGCGGCCCCGGCUGCGGGCGCGGAGCUCUCGGGGGUGUUCCAGGAGAUGAUGAAGUCCGAGUGUCACUUCCUGAACGGCACCGAGCGGGUGAGGUUCGUGGAGCGGUACAUUUACAACCGGGAGCAGUUCGCGCACUUCGACAGCGAUGUGGGGCGGUACGUGGGGGACACCCCCUUAGGGGAGAUGAAUGCCAAGUACUGGAACGGCAAACCGGAAUUACUGGAGUACGCUCGAACUGCGGUGGACUGGUACUGCCGGCACAACUACCAGGUGUCCACACCGUUCCUGGUGGAGCGCCGAGAGCCCCCCAGCGUUUCCAUCUCGCUGGUGCCCUCGAGCUCCCAGCCCGGGCCCGGCCGCCUGCUCUGCUCCGUGAUGGAUUUCUACCCUGCCGAGAUCCAGGUGCGCUGGUUCCAGGGCCAGCAGGAGCUCUCGGGCCACGUGGUGGCCACUGACGUGGUGGCCAACGGCGACUGGAGCCAGCAGCUGCUGGUGCUGCUGGAAACCCCCCCCCGGCGCGGGGCCACCUACACGUGCCAGGUGGAGCACGUCAGCCUGGAGCAGCCCCUGAGGCGGAGCUGGGAGAUGCCGCCGGACGCCGGGCGCAGCAAGAUGCUGACGGGGAUCGGGGGCUUCGUGCUGGGCUUCGUCUUCCUGGCGCUGGGGCUCGGCUUCUACGUGCGCAAGAAGAGCUCCUGAGCCGCCGGCGGCCGCAGCCCCUCCCCGUGGCCUCGGGCCCGCCCGGGACCCCCCGCUCCGUCCCCGCGCUGAUUUUGGGGGGGUCCUGUGCCCCCCCCGCCCAGCCCCGCUGCCACUCUGGCCCCGCCCGCCUGCUCCCAGUGCUCCCAAUAAAGCUUCCCAGUUGGA